AUGGCGUCCGCCAUGCCCAAGUCGCUCUCCGCGCGCCGCGUGUGGUUCGACCAGUUCGUCUCGCCGGGUCGCGUGCUCACCGCGUCCGUCCUCGGACGACCAACAGAAAAACUCGAAUCGCUGUACAAAAUCGGCGGGAAACUAGGUCAGGGCCAAUUCGGCGUUACAUAUCUAUGCACGGAGCUCGCGACGGGCAAAGAGUACGCGUGCAAGACAAUCGCGAAGAAGAAACUGAUCACUGCGGAGGACGUGGCAGACGUGAAACGCGAGGUGGCCAUCAUGCACCACCUGGCGGGCCACAAGAACAUCGUGUGUAUCAAGGGCGCGUACGAAGACGCCUACGCGGUUCAUAUCGUCAUGGAGUUGUGCUCGGGAGGGGAGCUGUUCGACCGGAUCAUCAAGAGGGGGUACUUCAGUGAGCGGCAGGCGGCCACGUCGAUUCGCACAAUAGCACGGAUAGUGGAGACGUGCCACUCGCUGGGCGUGGUUCACCGCGACUUAAAGCCCGAGAACUUCCUCCUCGCAGACAGGACGGAGAAUGCCGACCUUAAGGCCACUGACUUUGGCCUCUCAACCUUCUUCAAGCCAGGCGAGUUCCUAUCGGACGUGGUGGGCAGCCCAUACUACGUGGCACCGGAGGUGUUGAGGCGGCGCUACAGCAAGGAGGCGGACAUCUGGAGCAUGGGGGUCAUCCUCUACAUCCUGCUCUCGGGAGUGCCGCCAUUCUGGGCUGACACGGAGCAGGGGAUAUUUGAGGCGGUGCUGAGGGGGAACAUGAACUUUGCGGUGCAGCCGUGGCCGUCCAUCAGUGACGAUGCAAAGGACCUCAUCCGCCGCAUGUGCUGCCUCGACCCCGCCCGCCGCCUCACCGCCUACCAAGUCCUCUGCCACCCGUGGGUCGCUCAGGAUGGAGUGGCACCCGACCGGCCUCUGGACGCGGGGGUCAUAUCUCGCCUCAAGCAAUUCUCUGCGAUGAACAAACUAAAAAAAAUGGCUCUGCGGGUGAUCGCAGAGUCGCUAUCAGAGGAGGAGAUCUCGGGGCUGAAGCAGACGUUUGAGAUGAUGGACACGGACAGGAGCGGCACCAUCACGUUUGAGGAGCUCAAGGCGGGGCUGCAGCGCAUCGGAGCCAACAUGAAGGACAGCGAGGUGCAGGAGCUCAUGGACGCGGUGAGUGCUGUCUGUAGUUGGAAAGGAGGGGGAAAGUGGAGGAUGGGCGUGGGCAUUAAGGACAGUGAGGCCGACUUUGAUGGCAACGGGAUGAUCGACUAUGGGGAGUUUCUAGCGGCCACGAUGCAUUUGAACAAGAUCGAGCGCGAGGAUAUUCAAGAGGAGACUCUAUGGAACCCAUACUCACAUUUCUCCCUUCCACUUCUCCCUGCCAGGCUGACUUUGACGGCAAUGGCAUGA